AUGUCUACGCCAGAUUCUGAUAUCAUUUCUAAUUCCAAAUGCACAUCCUGCAGGAAGCCACUAGGCAAGAGGAAAAUAUUGACUCUUACAGAACAACAGUGGAAAAUUUGCAAACCCUGCUACAAAAAACUGUAUGGAGACAUGAAAAAGACCGAGCAAUAUAAAUUGGAGGCGAAUAUGAAGAAGAUGAUAAUAGGGGUGAAAGUAUUAGUAACCUCCCAAACAAUAUGCGGGGUGCCUGGAUGUACAAAUGAGUUGGUUUUUGGGAAGGCGUUUAUGAAUCAAGAGUUGCAGAAGAGGACGUGUAUCUCCUGCUACGGAAAACUCUACCGUCAGAGAUCCCUGAAAAUUGAAGCUGAAAAAGUUAGAAAUGGAGGAAUUUACUUCUCAGAAUCAGAAUCAGAAUCAGAAUCAGGAGACGAAUCAGAACUUACUAUGUUCCUUUUCCCACUGUGGGCUACCAUUGAAGCCGAAACCAAUUUGCCGGAACAGAGAGACUCGGGAGAGGAUAUGCAAGACGAAUACCAAAUGGUUAUUAUGGCGGUGAUGUGUGCAGCCCUUGUGACGAUGUCUUCAACAAAAGACGGAUACAAAUAG